AUGCAUCCAGCACCUGCCGAUGCGCCAGUUCGUGCCCACAGCACUAAGGCCCGCCCGCCAGGCUUCGUGGUUGGCUUCUGGAGCCCUGAAAGCUCGUGGCCAGCGGACUCGGCCAGCGGCCCUCAGCGGGUCGGGGGGUCCGUCCCCCCUCAAGCCGUGCCGCUAAGCCCCCCUUGGCAAUGGAACAACAUCCGCGACUCUCGAACCUCUCACAUCCAAAUCACUUGCGCGUCAGAUUUGAUGCUUCUCACCGACAACGAAACCAGGGCCCCCCUCGGAUUUGACCUCAGAUUUCGCGCGUUUCGUUUGUCCCUCUUCAAGGACGUCAAUUCCGGUGCUUGGUCUGCCAAUUUCGAUCCCAGCUUUUGUUUUUCCUGCAUCGUCUUUCUCGUCUGUUUCCCCGGGGGAGUUCUGGCAUCACACAUCUACGGCUUCUUUCUGCAUCUUUUGACGCCCUUCUGGUUCGCGCGCGCCAAAAACGACUUUUAUCCUUCGGCCAAUGCCGCUCGCCUGCUCGCCAGAUCAUCGAUAACGCCCGGGAGCAGAAAGCUGCAAGAUCAAUACUGUUAG